AUGAGCUCAGCGCGACAGGUUACCGGCGAGAUGACCAACGCUUUGUCAGCAGCGCAAGGGAAGAUGGAGGACCUUACUGGCAGGAUGUCAGCUCUUGAGCGAGCUUUGCGGAGAAGAGCACAGGUACCCUCAGAAUUCGUCACUGAGCCAAAGGAUGCGCAGACCAAGGCAUGUGCUUCACCAGCACCUGAAAAGCCCCAAGAUGUUCGGCUACAGACCUCGCUGGACUUCGAUGGCAGCCACCUUGCAUGGCAUGUGGAGCUUUCCGAGAACUCGGAGCUUCCGCGCUGUCUUUUCCACGAAUCCCUUGAUCGCGUCUCCACGUCGACAACCGACUUCCCGGACGAAGGCGACUGA